AGAGCGCAAUAUAAGAGCAGCUUAAAUCUUCGCAUGAAAGUAGUCACCACCGCCAUACCCAUCAACACUGCCUUGCAGGAAUCUGACCUUUCUCGCCGGAAGCCACUGAGUGGACGCAGUUCAUUGGGAAGCUGACUCAACAUGGAUGUCGAUUACUGGCCCUCAAGAGUUAACGCUGCUAAGCACCUCUCUGCUUUACAAGCUGCCACUUACAACUCUGAUAAUCAUUUGGCAAUUGAUGAUUCAGAUGGAGAUGAGGAUGCUAGAGCUUACUUUCCGUGCCCAUUCUGCUAUGUAGACAUUGAAGUUCAUUUGCUCUGCAGCCAUCUGCAGGAUGAACACUGCUUUGACUUGAAAAAUGCAGUGUGCCCACUUUGUGCAGCAAAUCUAGGGAAGGAUGUAAUUGGGAAUUUCAUAGUACAACAUGCAAGUUCAUUGAAGCGAAGGAGAAAAUAUCUAAAAUCUGGUCUCUGGGCUGGUAGUUCAGCUAUGAUUGGCAAGGAGCUUAGUUCAUUUCUUGGAUCUUCUACAAAUGGCAGGGCAAACACAAAUGAACCUGCACCAGAUCCACUUGUCUCACCAUUUCUUGAUAGUUCAUCUCAUUCACACUCUAAAGGAAGCCAACAAGAUGAAUCUUCCAACAGAAUUGCACAGUCUAAAAGCACUGAUAUAUCUUCACCUGAUGGAGAUGAGGAGGGCUCUGAAGAGAGAAGGCAGAGAGCAGCAUUUGUGCAACACUUGAUUGCCUCAACCAUCUUCUAGAGCUUUGUUAUCGACUCAGGGUGUUGAAGUUUUCCACAUAUGAUGCAAAGGGGCUGCAUCACUCUGCAUUCACCACCAUGAAUUAUGCUGCAUACAGACACUGGAGGGUUUUUAGUACUGGUGCAUGAUUUUAGGAAAGGCAAAUAGUCUCCAUGUUAGGUAUUCUAAUUCUAGAAAUAACAUUCCUUGAAUGGCUAAUAAGUUUGAACAUAUGAUGUAUAUCAUUAAAAACUACAUUUAUCUAAUGAUUACUGAGAAGAAAAGUGAACUCUUCUAUUGUUAA